AUGGCCAGUUACGUUGUCAUGAUUCCUAAAGACAGUAAUCCCAGUGGCCCGUCAACAUGGCGCCCAAUAUCUCUACUGAAUAGUGAUUACAAGAUCGUCAUGGCCGUCCUGACAGCAAGACGUCGUGGAGCGUCGUGGGGUCCCUCGUGCAACGACCUCCGAGACGUCCAUAACGCACUUGUGCUGGGGCUGUUACGGUACCACCUCCCAGCGCUCCACGGGAUCAGUAGGACGGGUGAGCGGGACCUCCUCAACGCCCAAGCGCGCGGCCUCCGGGUAUGCCUUGGACUGCCACGCACGGCUGAAACCUACACCGUACUUGCGCAGGCGCAAGAGACGCCCGUACAUAUUCUACGGGACAGAGAGACGCUCCGCAUCUUUGCGCGCUUGCUCACGCAGCACCCUUGCCACUACCUGCUGUCCAUUGAGGAUGCCCGCCCCGCAUCGGCCUUUGGCGGCGCCGUCCGCCGGCUUAAGGCUACCCUACCGGAUCGCUCCUCAGGCGUAUCCUACGCCCCUCCUUUAUGGGCCCUCGCCAAGCCCCAGGUAUUGACGAGCGUCCCUGGCCUAGGACGAAAGAGGGAGACGCCGUUAGCCGUUGCGCGCCAGCUCGACCUCGAAUACCUAUCGGCGCAGCAUCAACAGCGUCAAGCGAUCUAUACAGACGGAUCCGUAACACUUGAUGGGGCCACUGCAGCCAUCUACGUCCCGCAAGGUAACAUCGAGCAAGUUUUCAGGCCCUCCCAUACCACCUCCUCCACCGAAGCCGAGCUCUUCGCAAUCCACGCGGCCCUCAGGCACAUCACAACAUCGCCCCCAGGAAACUGGACGAUCCUGUCGGACAGCAAGGCGGCACUGGAGAUACUCGACUCACACUGCACCAAAACAACCGACGACCUACACACAAUGGCAAUGUCCCUAGCCAACACCGCCCUUACUUCCGGGCACAAUAUUUGUCUCCAGUGGAUACCCAGCCACAUUGGCCUUUGCGGGAACGAUCGAGCAGAUGCUGUGAGCAGGCGUGCACACGAACAACCCGACGCCGCGUCGCGCAUACCGCUCACCCCUUCGGCUUGCCGCAUCCAAAUCCGCCGCAUGCUGACGUUCAUUAACGUAGGGACACCGCGUCUCGAAUGA